GUGAAACCCGGCUGGGGGUGGGGGCUCCGGCCGCUGCCACCCGAGGAAGCACCCAGCUGCCGCACACACGCACAGCCGAAAUCGGCCCGGACGCUAGGCCGAUGGCGGAGGCUGCGAGCCACCCCGAAUCCGAGGAGCGGGAAGAGCUGCUGGUAGAAGAAGGCACAGGGCUCACCACCCAGUGGAGUGUGGAGGAUGAAGAGGAGGCCGCCCGGGAGCGGCGCCGGCGGGAGAGGGACAGGCAGCUGCGGGCCCAGGACGAGGACGGAGAUGGCCAGUCCUCCGAGCGGCAGGAGCAGGAGAAGCUCCUCAGCCUGAAGCCCACAGAGGCCCCUGAACUGGAUGAGGAUGAGGGUUUCAGUGACUGGUCCCAGAAGCCAGAGCAGCGGCAGCAGCACUUGGGAGCCGGGGAGACCUCGGACGGCGGAGAGUCCCCUCAGGGCAAGAGUCCGGAGGGGGAGCAGGAGGAAGACAGGUCCCUCCAGCAUGCCCGUGGGCACGAGGACAGUGAUGAGCUGAGCCAAGCCGGAGUCUGCCUGGAGGAGUUGCAUCUGAGCCCCAGCUCAGAGCCCCAGGAGGAGACAGAGCCCAGGGGCCCAGAGGGGACUGUCCAGGGCAGCCAGGUGCUGGCAGAGGCUGAGGAAGCAGAUGAGCAGCACGAGAAACACCAGCAGCCCAGGACACCCAGCCCCUUGGUCCUAGAGGGGAGUGCGGAACAGGGCUCACCUCCCCUGAGCCCCAGCACCAAACUCAGCGACAGAACCGAGUCCCUGAACCGCUCCAUCAAGAAGAGUAACAGUGUGAAGAAGUCCCAGCCAGCCCUGCCCAUCUCCAAGAUUGAUGAGCGUCUGGAGCAGUACACUCAGGCCAUCGAGACUGGCCGGACCCCCAAGCUAGCCCGCCAGCCCUCCAUUGAGUUGCCCAGCAUGGCUGUGGCAAGCACCAAGAGCCGGUGGGAGACGGGAGAGGUGCAAGCUCAGUCCGCUGCCAAGGCCCCCUCCUGCAAGGAUAUUGUAGCUGGAGACAUGAGCAAGAAGAGCCUCUGGGAGCAGAAAGGAGGUGCCAAGACCUCAUCAACAAUUAAGAGCACCCCGUCUGGGAAGAGAUACAAGUUUGUGGCCACCGGACAUGGAAAGUACGAGAAGGUGCUCGUAGACGAGGGCUCGGCGCCCUAGGCCCCCUUCUCGCUUUCCUGAGGCUGCAGGUGCAGGUUGGAGACUCUGUGCUCCCAGGGGAAAGUCCAGCCAGAUGCCCGCCACGGCCCUGCCAAAGAAGCUGCUUCCCAUUGCCCGCUUGGCCUGCCCACGCCCCUCCACCACACACCACCCACCACCAUCACUACCUGUUUGCUCCUGGACCCUCCAACUUCUCUCCCCUCCCACUCUCUGACCACUCCCACCCCCUGGCUCUGCCUCUUACAGCCCAGACUGAUGGUUGGCUUAAAGGGCCCCCUCCAGAGAGGCUGAGAGCUCCCGAGGCAGUUGCAGCCUCUGAGGAGAGAGGGCACCUGUGGGGGACUUCCAGGUCACGAGCCACUGACACCUGAGCUGGGUGCCCAGGCCCUGCAUCCCUCCCUGCACCCUGCUUGCAGACCCCUCCACUUUGUGCAAUAAAGCUCCUGGUGUGUCCCCA